GACUUAAUAUGUUUCAAUUUAAUUUAUUUUUUUUCAAAUAGUAGCCUUUAACGAAAUUUAUCUUCGAUUCAUUUAAUCACAGGGAUUACAACAAGUUGGUAAGACGGUGAAUCGCCAUUUUGUUACAACGCGUUGGAUGGUGGGUGAAUUUUAAGGGAUGUCUGAUGCUGAGGCUGAAGUGAUUACUGUGGGCAGUGACGAUACUUUGCUUCUUAAAGCAGAUUCAGUUAAGAUAGAACCAGAUGCAGAAUCAGGAGAGUUAUAUUUGGCACAUCCUGAAAACUUGGACUUGUCAUCAUUCACUGCUAUCACAUUAGCAGAUGGCACACCAGCUUUUUUAGCUCAGGAUAUUAUGGUUGAGGAAGGUGAAGAUGUGGUUGAAGCGGAAACAGUUCAACUUGAGAACGGGCGCACAGUAUAUCUUCAAGAAAUACCAAAGUUUGUUGAUGGACAGGCGGUGCAGUUGGAAGAUGGAACCACAGCUUACUUGCAGAAAGAGAGUUACCAGCCUGUUGAGUUAGAAGAUGGGACAACUGCAUAUAUUGCUCUUGCAUGUGAUGUGUUGGACCCAGUGUCUUUGGAAACAAUACCUGAUACAUCUGAAGACUCUGAAGACUUUCAACAAGUGUGUGUACAGACUGUGGAUUCUCCUGAAGGAUCAGCACACGUGAAAAAAAAUGUGACCAUUGAAACUGGACGAGCCAGUGGUAGUGGCAAUAGUGAAGGAAUUGCAAAGGAUAGAUCAAGGGCUUACGUGUGUCGUCAGGAUGGUUGUAAUAAAUUUUACACUACUCUCCAUCAUCUUAAGGUUCAUGAAAGGUCUCAUACUGGAGACAGACCAUUCCGUUGUCCAGAAUCUGGCUGUGGAAAGGCUUUUGCCACAGGUUAUGGCCGGAAAGCACAUGUUCGCACACACACAGGUGAAAAACCCUAUAAAUGUCCUGAGGAGACUUGUAAUAAAGGCUUUAAGACUUCUGGAGAUCUUCAAAAACAUGUACGCACACACACAGGCGAACGACCAUUCCGAUGUCCAGUUGAAGGCUGUGGUCGAUCAUUUACCACUUCAAACAUUCGGAAAGUUCAUGUUCGAACACACACUGGUGAGAAACCAUACAGAUGCCCACAGGAAGGAUGUGAUCGAGCGUUUGCUUCUGCUACUAACUACAAAAAUCAUCUAAGAAUACAUUCUGGAGAGAAACCAUAUGUUUGUAGUGUGGAGGGAUGUGGAAAGCGCUUUACUGAAUACUCAUCUCUUUAUAAGCAUCACAUGGUCCACACUCAGCAAAAACCUUAUUAUUGCAGUGUAUGUGCUCGACAUUACCGACAGGCUUCAACCCUAACGAUGCACAAAAGAACUGCUCAUGGUAUUGUUGAAACAGAAGAUGGUACUGAGAUUGUUUUAGGAAAAACUGUUUUUGCAUUGGCUAAGACUUCAUCAGAAGCCAAGAAACUGAAAGCUUUGAAUGCUAAUAUUCUAGGAUUUAAAGAGAACAAUACUCUUGUGGCACUGCAGUCAGAUAGUUCUGGUGGCCUUGGACCACAGAGUCAGUUCAUCGUGAUGGCUGAUCCUUCUCAGCUUGCAGCUUUGGAGCAAUUAGGUGUUACCACAUCCGAUGCUACAAUUGCUAUUGAAGAAAAGGAUGUGACUGAAUUGGAAGAAGAUUCAUCCUAAGUAUUGCAGCAUCUAAUGCUAGAAACUGAAAAAUGUUUGUCUGCUAAUUGUUGGCUGCCAGAUGUACAAAUUAUAAAUGGAUGUUAUUUGUUGUCCACACAACCUAUUCAAGAAAAUGAAGUUGGAAAGCUGAAGCUAAAUGUAUAUGUCGCUCUGAAAUAUUUAAAAUGCGUUCUUACUACAUUGAGAAUUGCUAAGAUACAAAUUGUUGAGUUCCUGUGAUUUAUGGAAUUGUCUUGCUCUUAUAAUUGUGUCUGAAUGCUUGACUGAUGGGUGGUAAUGUGUUGUAGAAUCUACAGUUACACUUAAUGAAUUCACAGAAAGUAUAUAAUGUUGAUGUGUAUUUUCUGUGUGUCUUUGAAAGUAAUUUAUAUAAUUUUUGUUGCAUUAUCUACUGUAUUAUGUGAAGCUGGACAUUUACCUUAAAAUAUUUUUAUGGUAGGAACUUACAUUUUUAGUAGGUUCUUAUAAUAAUAUAACAAUUAUUUUAAUUUGUUUCUUGAUAUGAAUGAAAAAAAGAAAACAAAUGAGAACCUUCAUCUAAUAGUUAAAAUAAAAUAUUGUUUAAAAACAGUUCAUGUUUCUGUAUUGGGACUGUGAUUUUAUUUCUUUUGAAAUAUCUGUAAAGGUAAUAUUUUGAGUAUUAUGUUGAGUAUGUUAUGGUCAAAAUUCAUUGAUGUCAACAUCACUAUUAAUUGGUGAAAAUAUGUACAUUAAAAAAAAUUAUAUUUUCAGAAUUUUUGUACAAUGAUGUACUGAUGAAAUGUUUGAAAGUGAUUAUAAUAAAUUUAUUAAAGAUUAUAUGCUUUGUAUACAUGUAAUCAUCAUCAUC